UGUGAUCAUGCGCUGGGCAACGUGUCUUAUCAGUGCCCUCGUCACGUCCGUGGUGCCACUCGUGGCUGCGACCAGGCUCAUAGAAUCGAAUGCUUUGAAUGUCUGUCAGAACAGCCCCAAUUUCACAGCAACGCAUUUCAGCGUCCGUUUUACACCCAACAAUCAUUCCCUUGCCCUCAGCUUCGAUGGGGUGGCUGCGAUCUCGGGUUAUGUCACGGCGGAGCUCAAGAUCAAUGUUUACGGCUAUCAACUGACCAGCGAGACACUGGAUCCGUGUAAGAUGAACCUGCAAGGCUUGUGUCCCAUGAGCGCGGGGGCCAUCAAUGUUCAGAAUGCCAAUAUCGACAUCCCUCAGGAUGUGGUGGGCAAGAUCCCGGGUGUCGCAUACACCGUACCGGACCUUGAUGCCUCCAUCCGAGUUUACAUCAACUCCACCGACACGGGCACAAGCAUUACCUGCCUGGAAGCAGCACUGUCGAACGGGAAAACGGUCAACCAGAAAGGCGUCGGAUGGACUACCGCGGUUAUUUCAGGCAUCGGGCUUACUGCUUCAGCCGUGACCGCUGGACUUGGAAACUCGAAUACGGCGGCCCAUGUAGCGGCCAAUGUCCUUGCCUAUUUCGGCUUCAUGCAAUCACAGGCUAUGUUCGGCAUGGCAUCCGUGCACAUGCCGCCCAUCGUGGAAUCAUGGACUCAGAACCUACAAUGGAGCAUGGGAGUCAUUCAUGUCGACUUCUUAGACACGAUCUGUACCUGGUACCAAAGGUCAACUGGGGGCAUUCCAUCGUCCGUCUUAUCAGAACUCUCGACAACCUCGGUAGAAGUGCUUAAGCGCAAGAAGCGCUCUUUUGAGAGAGCCGCCAAUCUAGUAUUCAAAAGGGCUUACACCCAAUCGGAGACGGCCACGUCCAGUACUACCGUCGUACGUGGAAUCAAGCGCGUGGGCUUUCGAGCCGGGAUUGAAGAAACCAACAUCUUCCUCACCGGCUUCAUCUUUUUUGUGGUCUUUGUUGCGGCGGUGAUGAUCCUUGUUGCCUUUCUAAGGGCAAUCUGUCACAUACUUGCGAAAAAGGGAAAGUUAACAAGCGACAAAUUUGCGGACUUCCGGGUGGCCAAAGGAAUCCUAUACAGGCUUAUAUUGAUCGGCUUCCCUCAGAUGUGUGUCCUUUGCCUGUGGGAGUUCACACAGAAUGAUUCUGCUGCCGAAGUAGUCCUUGCAGUCGUCAUGUUUCUAUCAGUGAUCGGCACUCUGGGCUGGGCUGCCUUCCGAGUUAUCACUCUUGCAAGGAGGUCGGUUACACUGCACAAGAACCCGGCGUACAUCCUGUAUUCCGACGAGAUGUGUCUGAACAAGUUGGGAUUCUUGUAUGUGCAGUACCGGGCAACAGCAUACUACUUCCUUGUUCCUGCCCUUUUAUAUACCCUCAUAAAAGCCAUGUUCAUCAGUUUAAGCCAACCGUCUCCGAUUGUGCAGACCGUGGCCAUGGUGAUUAUUGAGACUUCCGCACUCAUCGGCACCAGCAUUAUGCGACCCUGGAUGGACAAAAAGACCAACGGCUAUAAUAUUGCUAUUGGGGCUGUCAACUUCUUAAACGCUAUCUUUCUGCUAUUUUUCUCCAAGAUCUUUGACCAGCCUGGCAUAGUGACGGGCGUUAUGGGAGUUGUCUUCUUUGUGUACAACGCAGCCUUUACCCUUAUUUUGCUGAUCCUUGUCCUCCUCACAUCUGCCUACGCUAUAUUUUCAAAAAACCCCGACCUACGUUAUCAGCCUAUGCGGGAUGACCGUGGAUCAUUUGUCAAGUCGCAGAGCCAGUUGAUUACCGAGCUGGAUGCGUUGGGCUCGACAGCUCGUGGGGAAAAUAGCAAAGAUGCGUGGAACAAGGUCAGCCUUCUUACGGAGGACAAUGGGUCCGUUUCCAGCGGCAAUGGGGUCAAUGGAAGCCAUCCGAAUCUGGGAGGGACUCAGCAUGACUUACCAAACCCUCAAUUCUCCGAGUCACCCGCGAAUCAAGCGGCUCAGUAUCCUGACGCCCGGGCAAUCAGUCCUGGUGAACGAACAGCAUCGCCGGCGCCAGGGGAACUGCAGCGCACGCUGCUCAGUGACAGCGACAUUGCAGCUAGGAAUGAGAAGUAUGCCGUUCCAUGACAACGAAGGAAUAUUUUAGCCCCAAACCCUCUGUCCUGAAUGGAUAGAGAGAGCUUGCAGAAGGCUCCUAAUCGACGAAAAUGGGUUGGUCUUGUAUCUGAAUCACAUAAUUCGUGCGAAUUUCAUUUAUCUUCGUGAGA